AUGUACCACCUUCUCCAACCGAGCAUUAUGGAUAUCACCACGCUAUCCAACGAUUUAUUUAGGCUUGUUCUUGAAUACUUGUCUCCCGAGGACCUGAUUCGCAGUCGACGCGUCUCCAAGCAGUUCAAGGCAGCACUGACAGAGGUCGAUUUAUGUCGCCAUCUUCUGAUUGAACACUUCCCUCGGUCACGAGAGGCGAGGUCCAUCAGCUUGUGUCCUUUGCAAGAUUGGGGACAUGAGUUUCUGCGGGUAGCUUCGAGAUAUCAUCACCUGAGAUGUGGCGAAGCGACAAGUGUCGAGAAGCUGGCACUUGCAAAAUCAUUCGUCGUGCCUGCGUGGUCCAGGCAUUUCCCCGUCGCCUCUUGGCAACAGCACUUGCAGUUUGAGGAUAAGACAUCACCUUUCCAUUAUCCAGAUACGCUCUGGACCUACGAUGAUGGGAUCUUGAUAUUACCUUCUGUGAAAUCUCAGAACUACGUGCUAUAUGAUUUGAGUACCGGUAGAAAGUCACUUAUUGAUCUUGAGACUGACAAGAAAGUUGUCAGAAGAAUUCGACUAAAAUAUGGGGUGCUUGUCGUUGAAUGGUGUGAAAACGAGCCUUACCACCAACUGAAUGAGAACGAAAUGGUUUGCAGGCAUUUUGCUACUGCUUAUGAUUUGAGGAGAAUCGAUAGUAGCCAGUGGACUAUUGUUUUAAGGACCGAAUGGAAGAUACAUUUCCUAGGAUUUCCACUGGAUUCUCAAGAUCGCUUCUUCAGUGCACGCACAUGUACCCACUAUGCUAUCUACACAUGGCAAAGAAACCGCAGUGCCUGGGGUGAAGAUGAGCCUAUUGAGGCACUAGCCAUUUGGGAUAUCUCAUCUCCAUCUCCGUACAGACCAAGUGAGGAUCCUACCGGCAAGGCCAACCCCCAAGAUGAUUCCGAGGGUGCUCGCGUCAUUAGACGAUUCUCAUUCGCAAACUUGGAUUUUUACCAAAUCAGACAGCGUUCAGACCCAAUUCUUCGUUGCUUGGAGCUAGACGAGCAGAAUGUUUAUGUUAUUGUAGAAAGUCACCGGUGGCUUGUGGGCCAGCAAGCUGCUAGCAACCUUCCACAAUUGCACCAUGUCAAAACGACCGGAAUUCCUUUCGGCAUUGGACCUGCAUGGGAGGACGAGUGUGGAGCGAACGGCGACACGAAUUUCUCUUUUUGUGAAAAGGCGUCGGACAUCAGGUCUCCACACAUCGCUCCGUGUUGGAGGCACGAAGAAUUUCCAUAUCUUACUGUAACCGAAAUGGUAGAUUCUGGUGCUGGCGUGGUUUUUUCUGCUCGACAUUGCUUCAUGCUUGAGGCCAUCUCUCUUGAGAUUACACCCAAAGUCCAUAUGAGGGAACCAGAGUAUGCGGUAUCAUUGCGUGACGACAUUUGGCCUCAAUUGCUCGCUAAAGGCAAGCUUUGCGGAGAUGAACGAUUCUUGAUUGGCGAAAACGCAAACCAUGAAGUAGUUAUCCUGCACUUUGAUGAUCGAGGACUCCAGAAGGCGUCCAUGUAG